GGCGUACUCCACCGUGCAGAGGGUGGCCCUGGCCUCGGGGCUCGUCCUGGCUGUGUCGCUGCUGCUGCCCAAGGCCUUCCUGUCCCGCGGGAAGCGGCAGGAGCCGCCGCCGGCGCCCGAAGGACCCUGUGACCCUGUUUGUACUACCUGAAUCCUGCCUGCUCAGCUAUGGUUGAUUGGAAAGGAAUGCACACCUACUUAAGAAAGUUGGGUCGCUUUCCACCUAUGAUGCAUCAUCACCAGGCACCCUCAGCUGGUCAGAGUCCUGGGGCUCGUUUCCAGAGGUCCCACCUUGCAGAGGCAUUUGCAAAGGCCAAAGGAUCAGGUGGAGGAUCUGGAGGAGGAGGUAGUGGAAGGGGCCUGGUAGGGCAGAUUAUUCCAAUCUACGGUUUUGGGAUUUUCUUAUAUAUAUUGUACCUUCUAUUUAAGCUUUCAAAGGGGAAAACCACUGCAGAAGAUCAGAAAUGCUCUACUACCACAGCUGGAAACAACCACAGGAAAAUUACCAAUUUUGAGCUUGUUCAACUGCAAGAAAAACUGAAGGAGACAGAAGAAGCCAUGGAAAAAUUAAUCAACAGAGUGGGACCUAAUGGUGAGAGCAGAGCACAGACAAUGACUCCUGACCAAGAAAAACGGUUGCUGCAUCAGCUCCGAGAAAUCACCAGAGUCAUGAAAGAAGGAAAAUUCAUUGACAAACCCACUCCAGAGAAAGAAGCUGAGGAGGCCCCUUACAUGGAGGACUGGGAAGGUUACCCUGAAGAGACUUAUCCAAUUUAUGACCUUUCAGAUUGCGUCAGGCGUAGGCAAGAAACAGUCCUGGUGGAUUACCCUGAGCCAGAAGAGCCCUCUGCUGAAGAAAUUGCUGAAAGAAUGGGAGUGCUAGAGGAAGAGGCAGGCCUUCUGGGCUGGGAAAUGCCCACUGACCCCACAGCCCAGGGAGCUCAUUCUGUUACCUCCUGUGACCCAAAGCCAGAAAUGUGUGCCUGCUGUUUUCAUGAAGAAGAGGAUCCCACUGUUCUGGCAGAGAAUGCUGGAUUCAGCACAGACAGUUGCAGUGAGCCUGAGGAACCCACCAUAGACCUGUGGCCCCGGGCCUUUGGUGGUGCCGGGCUGGGCCUCAGCACUGAUGAAGCAUGUACAGGCGGCACACUGAGGAAGCGGAACCCCCAGGGUGUAGAGUGAAGACAGCCAGUUUGGUGAAGUAUCCAUGACUCUAGUUUCAAGGUGACCCUUCUCUUUAGAUUUCAUCCUUGGCCCUGUGCUCAGUCCUUCAUUCUCUGUGUUUAAGUACUAUAGCCAGUCAGGCCACCCCCAUGGAUAUUGAGUAUCCUUGCUGAUGCUCACAUACCUGUCACCUUGGGAAACAUCAUAGAGAUUAGUAUGAACACAAGGCAGUGUCACUGUUUCUCUUCCUGCCUUCCUCUCAUCAGAGUUGAUUCACUGAGUGAUUGUUUGCUCUGUCGUGUCCUCAGGGGCAGAGGUCUGGCCCUUAUGCUGGCAGUAACAGAUGGCUUACCUGUGAACGAACACCAGCUUACACAUGAUGACGAUUUAAGAUUGCAAGAGUGCAGAGUGCAGAGUCCAGUUCUCUGGACCUCUAGCAGGUUAGUGGUCCCCUGGGUUGAAGAAGAGAACAUUUUGUUUGUGGGGAUGAUGGGGCCAGAGCAGGUAGGGUAAGACUUUGCUGUCUGAGCUGAAGCCCCUUCCUCGAUGUGGAGCAUUAAUGCCUCCUCAGGUAUCUGCUUUACUCUGGAGUAGCAGAAGAUUCCCACUGACCUUAGAAUGAGCCCAGAGGCCUGUUGGGGACUGGUUUGCUCUGAUAUUGCCUGGAUUUCUAGCUUCCUUUAUCCUUGUUCUGCCUAUCAGAACUGCCAAACCCAAAAGCAUCUUUGUACCUCUGGCCUUCAGUGUCCAGGGAAAGCUUUAGAUAGAGACUUCAGUCCUUGUUGUGCAGAGCCAAGGCCUGAGGCUCUGAGGCUGCUGCCCAUAAGUGUGGUCCUGCUCAGAGAUGCUCAGGCCAGGGGGCCAGAGAUGAGGAGAGAACUGUUCACUUUUGGCCUGGAAGCUGUUUCUGAAUGUUUUGUGUCCUCUGGGAGGUUUGUUCUCAUAGCCAUAUGAAUUGAAACAAGUGAGGACUGAGCUUGGAGACAGUGUGCCAGCCCAACGGGGCAGCUGAAGAGUGUGUCUGUUGGGGAGAACCAAGUGCCCAGAGGAAGAGACCACUUGUUCUACAUUCCGAUAUCUGAAUCUUUUGAGAGAGCUGGAGAAGCUAGGAGGCAGGUUAGGACUGGGAGGAUUUUGACCAACUAAAAGUCCAGUUUCUCACCUGCCAUCUGUCAUGUCUUCUUGAGACAAGAUGGCACCCAUGCAUUCUGUCAGGUAAGGGUGAGUGAAUUCAGUUUACAUGAUUUAAUACCCAGUCAGGAAAUGUGGAAGACUUGAAAAUUAAGAAAUUAUGUAAAGGGAGAUAUGGCUUUUAGAGUUCCAUUGUUCCUCGCACGAGUGAGAUGCAAGGAAAAUAGUUUAAAUCACACACAGAAGCAUACAGAUUGCUGUCAGAGGGUGUGGGAUAUUAAGAUAAUGUGUCAGCUGCUGCUAGGUCUAUCUUGUUAGUGAACUACAGUGAAGUCACUGAAGACUGGGUCUAUAGAAAGUAUACUGCAUCUAUCUGGAACAUUUGAUUCACUUUGAAGACUGCAGUUUAAAAUGUACUGAAAAUGAUCUAGAUAUAAUGGUAAAGGCGAAAAAUAAUCUAGGUGCUCUUUACUGUUUUGAUGUUGUUUUCUGUUACUUCCCUUCUUUUACUGUGAGGGGCUGAUUUAUGAGGAGUCCUGGAUCCCUAGCAAAUUUGUCACUUUAGGAUGUGAUUCCUUAUGAGAGAUGUAUUUAUUCACUUGUUCUUUUAGCAGACAAUGCUGUGAACUAGGCAGUGGGAACAGAAGGCUCAAUUCCUACCUUUAAAGAACUCAGUUUAAUGUGGGAGCCUUAUCCAACUUAUUUUUUAAAUGAAAUGUGAAAGGGCUCAAGAUUGUGAAUUCUGCAGGCAGAGAAAUGUCGGUCAUGAUUUCAUCCCUUCCUGCUCUAGCUAUAGAAUCGUGUUGGCUCCUCAAACCCUUCUGAUCCCAGCUUUCUCAUCUCUAAUGUAGGGGAGUAAAAGUCCAGGUUUCACAGUGGUUGUGAAUAUAUGCAGUCAGCAGUGCCUGUAAAACAGCAUUGGUCCUAGCUCGUAUGUGAUAACCUCUUAGUAAGUGGUAGCAAAUUUACUUUUAUUGUACAGGGUUCUAUGGUGUAACUGAAAUUUGGACCCAAAUGUACAAGAGCACAGGAAAGAGAUAGUCUUUGCCAAAGUAAUUCCACAGAGGAGGUGGGUCUUGAGGCAUGCUAAGAACUUCUCCAGGUGGGAAGGGAAGAGAAAGGACAUUCUUGGCAGGAAGAGGGGUAGUGGAGAAAGCAGUGGGGUGUGAAAGUAUGUGGAUGCUCAGGUAUUUUGAGGCUGGUAUGUAAGGUGUUGCAUAACCAACUCUUUAUUUUGAAUGUUAACCUUUGGGGGAAAUUGGCUUAUGUGAACAGUUCCUGCCAGAAGUACUGAGACCUCAUGAUGGCUCUUGCUACCCUAGUUCUUGGUUGGCUUAUACAAUAGGAAUAUAUUAAUGUAUUUAUAUCUCAGAAGUUUUGAUGCAGUUUUCAAUCAUUUCAGAUUAGAUGGUCCUUUUUGGAUUUUCCAGAGUUUUUUUGUCCUUCAGGGAUGACAAUUAUAUGUAUAUAUAACUGAGUAUGACCAAAAUCAUGGGACUGGUUUUUGUUGUUAUGCCUGCUCUCUUUCCUGAUGCUCUUCAUUUCUCAGAACUGGUCUGGGCUGUGAACUUGAUCAGUCCUCUGGCACUAGGUCUUCAGGGCCCUUUGGGCACUGUGGCAGAGCACGAAGGCGCCCCUCUGGGAGCAGGUGCUUGGCCUGGGAAACAAUUGCGUCACUUGAGACCACACUUGGCAAAUCAGGUGGACAGUCCAAGCCAAGAGAGACCCCCUUUCCUGAUCAUAACGGAGCAUAAGGAAGGCCCUCUGUGAGCUCCAGCCCUAGGCUCCAGGGAGGUGCAGUGAGGAGUGGGGGAUAUCUGGCCUGGAGCAGAGAUGGCCUGUGAGAACCACACACUGCACCUUCUGUGAUUUGGGUGAUCAACUUAGGGUCCCACCUGCAAUACUCUGGAACAAGGGAACUUUAAUAAUCAUGCCAGGAUAAUGGGGGUAAACCAGGACUGUCUUGGACAUAUGGUCACCCUGCCCAUUCCUACUUAAGGUUUGCCCUCAGCCUGACCACCAAACAACCAAAACCUCUUUUCAGUAAUACCCUGUGCAUGCCAUUUCCCCCAGGGGCAGAACCAAGCAGCUAGGCCAUGCGUUAGGCACGAGCUGCACUUUAACACAGAAAAACUCCAAAGCUGGCGUAAAAAAUAAACCAACCUUGCUUAUACACUCUUAAAUUCCCCCUCAAUCCAGACUCUUAAUAGAGCAAUAUUAUUUCUCUAUCCAGCAAUAGAGAAAAAGCAUGACAUAUCCAUGCCUUGACUACUUUCAUACAAACCUUUUCUAACCUUUCCUCAUGAAUUGGGAGUAACACCCACUGUGCAGAGUUGGCAUGACUAAAUGAGAGAUGGUUUAAGAAGUGUCUGUCCCAGUGUGUGGCAAGUGCUAGAUGGGAUAGCAGCCUCACUCUGCCACCAAGUCCUGUUGGGCUAUUGUUUGACAACUGACAGCCAGGAAAUGGCCCAGUACCCAGGGUUCGGCCAUCUGGGUAACUUUAGUUUUGACCACUUCCCUCAGAAGCAGACUUAGCUUUCAUGUCUGCUUCAGAUUGGCCACAGGAUGAAAAUUUCCAAGCAUGUCCAAGUCCUGCUUAAGUAGGUUGGGCACUGCACAGGGCAGAGGAGUCAAGGAAGGGGCUGAUCUUCCUGUUAUUUCUACCUUAUUCAUCUCUAGGGCCAUUUUUGUUCCCAAGGGCUGGGACACUUAGAAACCAGCAGCCCAUUCUUCCAGCUGACCCUGCAGAGGUCUGCUCCAACUUAAGCACCUUCUAUUUAUUUUUCCAGCCCUUCCCAACUUUUGCCUAUGGUUCUGACCAUCCUUAUACUUGAAAAGCAGAGCCAGAGGGGAGACAGUUUUGGUCCAUGUAUCAUUAUUUCUAAACAAGCUAUGAUCCAGAAGGGAUGAAUGGUAUAGGGGGAAAAGCAUACACAGCAGUGUUAAAACAGUUCAAGUUUAAUUUGUUGAUAUAUGGUCUGUACUUAGACAAACACUAAAUUCUACAACAUACAUAGUGUCAACAUGGGAAAAUACCAACUUUGUCAUUGCACAUACCAAAGAGUUUAUUCAAAAAGUCACUUAAUAAAAGCACAGUUUUUGCAAGUUCAUCUAAAACUCCAGAUAAUUUUGAACAAAAAUAAAAUGACCACUCUAAAAUAGGAAAAGACAGUCUUGUGCAAACAGACACACACAUUCUAGGCAUUAUGAAAACUGGCUAAAUAUAUGCUCCCAGCAAGUCCCCUUUGUCACCAAAUGCAGGAUUAAAGAGGCCAGAGUUGGCUUUCCUUUCUAAGCCCUUGUAAGUCAUCCUCUAGGAAACUCUGGAUCUUGGCCUAAGCUCCAGCUCUGCCUGGACCUGAUGGGGGAGGGGAGAGUAGAACAGAAGAGGAAAGGGUGUGACAUCCUUCUUGGGAAAGAAAAAAGGCACAGUGAUGAGCUAGAAAAGGUAGUGAGGAGAGCAAGAGUCGCCUUCAUGCACCCUGAAUCCUACUGCAGGCUUUGACAGCCCAGCCUUCUUACCUUGUAGAUGAGAACAGAGACCUAGAAAAAUUAUGUGGUUUGCUCAAAAUCCCAUGACUCCUCAGUGCAGUGGUGCUUUCUGUAAGAUGAAUGUGCCUCUCAACUUGGUUGGAAAAUUCAAAAUCCAAACCUAUCCCAAUACUUCUGCUGUGACUUUUCCCCUACAUCCUGAGAUAACAAGUACACAAGCCCAUCCCUCGACCUGUUCCUGGGAGUUACUACAGUUCUACCCGCCAGGGCCCAGGGCAGUUCGGGACCUCAGCCCUAGGCCCUGAGUGCAGGGGCACCACAGGGGGCUGCCUGGCAUCCUAAGUCACAGGGAUAUCUUGGUUGGCACAAGGGAUUCAAGAGGGGAAGGCCAGUGUUCCUUCAGUGAGGCAAACCAGGAACUACAUCUAGGAGAUGGAAUGUGUGCUUGCCUAAUGGAGCUGUGGGCACCUCUUAGUUUGAAAUCAUCACUGCUGCUUGUUAAAUUUAGAACUGCUUCUAAUAAAUGGUAUUUAUGUGCUA